AUGGGUUCACAACUCGAUUUCACGUCGGAGCCCAUCAGGGCCACCUUUGACGGGUUCCUGUUCGAUAUGGACGGCACAAUCAUUGAUUCGACACCGGCUAUCGUCAAACAUUGGGAGAACCUCGGAGGUGAUAUCGGCGUAGACCCUGCCACCAUCCUAGCAACGUCCCACGGUCGUCGCAGUAUCGAUGUGCUCAAGAUCCUCGCACCGGAGAAAGCCAACUGGGAAUAUGUUCAAGAGAUGGAAGGUCGUCUGCCGAGAGAGCAUGCAUCCUCCGCUACAGAGAUCCCUGGCGCCCGUUCCCUCAUUGACAAACUCAUUUCACUCGCUUUCCCCUGGACGAUUGUCACAUCGGGCACACGACCUCUCGUAACUGGUUGGCUGAGCGUGCUAUCCCUCGCGAUACCGGAGCAUAUUGUGACAGCGGAAGACGUCCCUGUGGGCAAACCUGAUCCCGAGUGCUACCUACUUGGGAAGAAGAAGCUGGGCAUACAAGAUGAAGGGAAGGACAUCCUGGUCUUGGAAGAUGCGCCCGCGGGUAUCAAAGCGGGCAAGGCGGCAGGUUGCAAAGUGAUAGGCCUGGUGACGAGCCACACAGCCGAUCAGGUCGCCGCUGCCGGGCCGGAUUGGAUUGUGAAGGACCUGGAGAGCGUCAAGGUCGUUGGUGUCGAGGGAGGCAAAAUCACCAUUGAGAUCUCAAACGCCCUGAAGUGCUGA